AUGACCCCUCUCCCACGCUCAUUUGUCUUCGACUUCUUUGAUUUUUUAAUUUCCAAUUUUUUUAGUUAUAUUGUGAAGGGUGCAAUAUGCGCUUUAUCUUUGUGUGAGCAGAAUUUGAAUAGAAAACUAGCUUUUGCCUAUUUGGAAGAUGUCGCUGUUGAAUUUCUUAAUCAAUAUGGAACUCAAGUGGCUUCGACAACUAGACCAUAUCAUUUUUUGGAAUUUGAUACUUAUAUCCAAACUGCAAAAAGAAAACAUAUGGAUAAAGGACGUAAUGCAUUUGCCGCGGUCAAUAAUGAAUUACAAGAUGUUACAAGAAUUAUGGUUUCAAAUAUUGAGGACGUUAUACAUCGUGGGGAGGCAUUAAAUAUUCUUGAGUCUCGUGCUUCCGAUCUCUCCCAUUUAAGCAAAAAAUAUCGCGAAGAUGCUCGACAAUUAAAUCGUCGAACGGCUGUGUUUAAAUUAUUUAUUGCUAUUGGGGUUGCUUCAAUUUUAUUUUUAAUAUUCCGAUUUGUCUAUUUUUGA